CAAAUUCAAACGAAAGCUGGUCAGGAUGUCUCCUCAAACGACAGUUACAAUUUCGACUAGAAAAUUAUAGAAAGUUUUGAGUAUUAUUAAUGACCACGUAACGUGAAUGAUAAGAAUAAAUAAAUAUUAAGGUAUAUGUUGUCGUACAAUUCGAUUUUAGUUCAUUAUUUGUAAAUAUGUCGGAUAGCAUAAAAGUUGCGAUUAAAGUAAGACCUUUGAUCAAACGUGAGAAAGAUGACAAUUUGCCGAUACAAUGGGUAGUUCACGGAAACUCUAUUGUGUCGACCGACACAGAGCUAAAGAAGCGUGGUGAUGGCGGAUUCUGUUUCGAUCAUAUUUUUGAUGUAAAUGCAUCGAAUUCAGAUGUAUUCGACAGUGUAGUAAAGCCUAUUGUCGAUGCUGCCGUAAAUGGUUUCAAUGGAACUGUGUUUGCUUAUGGGCAAACAAGUUCUGGGAAAACAUACACUAUGAUGGGUACGUUAAAUGAACCUGGAAUUAUACCAUUAGCCAUUGAACACAUGUUUGAUGCUAUAACUAACUCAGCUGGCCGUGAAUUCUUAUUGAGAGUAUCAUAUUUAGAAAUAUACAAAGAAAAAGUCAAUGAUUUAUUAAAUAGAACCGGCACUGACUUGAAGUUGAAGGAAGACAGUAGUGGCCAAGUAAUCUUGCAGUGCAAAGAAGAAAUCACCAACUGUCCAGAGAAUAUGUUAUCUAUAAUGAAAAAGGGUGACAAGAAUAGGAGAACAGGAGAGACCAAUAUGAAUGAGCGUAGCAGUAGAAGUCACACUAUAUUUAGAAUCACUAUUGAAAGUAGAGAGGUUGGAGGAGAUUCAGAUAGUGCGAUUCAAGUGUCGCAGUUGAAUUUGGUGGAUCUUGCUGGAUCCGAGAGAGCACGGCAGACAGGAGCGACUGGUGAGAGGUUUAAGGAAGGGUUGCACAUCAAUUUGUCUUUGUCAACAUUGGGACUAGUGAUCAUGCAGUUGAGCGAAUGUCAGGAUGGUCAGAAAUAUAUAAACUUUCGUGACAGUAAAUUAACCAGAUUAUUGCAGAAUUCUUUAGGUGGCAAUGCUAUGACAGCGAUAAUCUGUGCUGUGACUCCUGCCGCCGUGGACGAAACUCAAUGCACUUUGUCGUUCGCGUGUCGUGCAAAAAGCGUGAGAAACAAGCCACACAUCAACGAGGUGAUGUCUGACGCAGCACUCCUGAAACGUUACGCGAAACAGAUCUCGAAACUUCAAAUGGAAUUGGAGAAAAUUAAAACGGAGAACCGGGCCGCGGAAGUCGAGAAAAUGGAGUCGAAAUUACAAGAGAAGGAACGUGUUAAUCAGAUGUUGGAAGAGCGUAUAGGACUGCUUAAGACCCGAAUCGUCUCCGGAGAUAUCACCGGUGACGGCUCGUUCAAGUGCAAGUCAAAAAGAAGACAGACCUGGGGUGGUCCAGGAAUGUUCAAACAUGUGGAAACUUUUCAGCCGAAGUCAGGCUUACCGACGAUAAAAGAGGUAUCUCGCGAAAAGUCUUGUAGGAAAAGCAUUAUUCAAUCCGAUGACAUCGAUCUGAUGAACCAGACUUUUCAAACGGCUUUCACCGACUUCGAGCUGGAAUUAUUCAAGAGCGAAAUCGAUCGAGAAGACGAGGAGAAUGGUAGUGACAGCGAUGACGAACCGUUUAUCACAAAACGCGUUACUUUCAGAGACGAUGUCUACACCAUUAAAUCGAAGGAUAGCAUUAUACCAGAGAAAAUCAGUAUAUCGCCGGAGAAAUGCAAUAGUGCAACCCAAACUGUUAGCUGCCAGGCGUCUCCUUCGACACCGAAGCAGGUUUUGCGGUGCCGCAUUAAUUAUUUGACCAAUGAGUUUACAGAGCUCCGCGAAUUCACAACUCUGGAGAAGCAGCUGUUAGGAGCUGGUGAUGGGCCCAAAAAAUAUACUCCAGAGGUGAAGAAGCUGCUAGGAAGUUUGAAUCUCACGGAAGAGACAAACGUAAACCGCGUAAUCGCUGAAUUAUGUAAGAAACUUGACAAACUUGAGCAAGAAAGUAUUCUGGAGAAAGAGGCGAGUCGGAAAACAAUGAAACGGUUUUCGGAGAUGGAGAUGCAAAUGAAAAACAUCAUUUCUGAAAGAGACGAAUUUCAGUAUAUGAGCGGUGAGUUGCGCGUGGAACUGAGAAAGAGAACUGCAGAAUUGGAACUGAAGAAUAUGUCCGAGGAAAGCGGGAAGGAGGAGGAACUGAAGAAAAUUUUGGAACUGGAGAGAAAGCUCAAAGAUGUUACUCUGCAGAACACUGAGUUACGCGCUGAAUCGACGAAAAUGAUUAAGAAGUUAGAAGAACAGGAAACGAUUGAUAAACUUUCUAUGUUGAAGGAGAAAGUUGAAAGUAUAACAUCGGAGAGAAAUGAACUGAAAGAGAAGAUGCAAAUGGAGCAGGCGGAAUAUCAGAAGAUGAUGGAAAAGGUGAACGAUUUGACAUAUCAAGUUGAAGAUGCAACAAAUCAAAAUGGUGAAUUCGAACGCAUCAAUGCCGAAUUAAGACAAAAUAUUUCCGAUUUGGAAACCAAAGCGGUGGAACAGAUGAAAGCAAUAUCGGAAUUGGAAAGUAAAGUCGGAAACUUAGCGUCCGAGAAAGGGGAACUACAUCGUAUUAUUGCUGAGAAAGACGAAGAGAGUUCGAAGCUGGAAUCGAUUGCGAAGGAAAGGAACCGUGCGAUAGAAAUUAUAAAUCUAGAGAAGAAGGAGCUUGAACACGUCAAUUCGCAAUUGCUUGAUAAGCUGAAUAAAUUAACUAUGUCAAAGUUGGAGUUGAAAGACAAUGAUAAUAUCAUCCACGAUAAUGGCAAUUUGACUAUGAAUGAGACGAUAAGGGACAACACGGAUAAUCAAUCUUUUCUAUCCUAUUCGAAACAGUUCAACGACAGUACCUUCGACACAUCGGCGUUGAUGUUGAGCAUGGAGGUGGAGAAAAGUCAGCUGGAACAGACUUUACACUUGAAAAAUCGAGAAUUGGAUGAGAUUAAAUGCGACGUUCACAGUUUGAAACAGGAUAUAGAGUCUCUGCAGAAGACUAUCUAUCUGCUGACAACCGAGAACAUGGAGAUGGCUAAUAAAUUGACCGCUGAGCACGAGAACGCGAAACAGGCGGAGAUGAAUCUUCAGGGGACGAUCGACGAGUUGUACAUUCGCAUUUCCGAAGUGACGAACGAGAAGAUCAUUUUGGAGAGCAAUCUGGCAUCUCUGAACGGUCAACUGGAGUUGAUGCGUACUAGAGACGCGUCGCCGAAAAUCGUUAGCAACGAGGAUGACAUGUUCGCGUCGUACAUGACUAAAAUCGACAAGCUGACGGCCGAGAACAUCGAGCUAUCUGCUACGAUCGCCGAAAGGAAUAGAGAGGUGGAGAGUAUCAAGGAAAGCAAGUCACUUCUGUUCGAUCACGAGUGCAUGCACAAGGAGAAGGCAGCUGCUCUCGCGGAAAGGAAUGAAUGUUUGCAGGCGGAGAACGGCGAGCUCUCUACAGACUUGAUGGAUAAAAUUGAAGAAAUCGACGAGCUGAAGGAAAAGUGCGAGAUACUGGAGAAGAAGAUGGAGCAAUCCUUGAAAUCUGUCGAGUCUGAUGACACCACGAAAGAUCUACAAUCGGAGAACAGUCUGUUGAAAGCGGAAAUUAUAGAACUAAAGAUGAAGAUGACAACACUGUCCGAAGAGAACACAAAGUUCUCGAACAACCUACUGCAGACCAUCGAGGAGCUCGACAGUUCUCGCAACGAGAAGAUGCUCGGCGACAGUGCGGAAAGUACCUGCAAGGAACAUAUUCAGGGAGAUGAUCACGAGACUCUGACAAGCGCCAACGAGGUUGUAAUGUUGCAGGAGAAGGUCAGCAGAUUGACUUGUUUGAACAAAAAACUGAGCGACUUGAAGUUAACAUCUUGCAAUCAAUGCACCUAUCUGAAGAACUUGAGCGAGAGUCGAAGAGCUCUGAAACUGGAGGCCAAAUCGCAGAACCAAAAGUUCGAAGAUCUCCAGAGGAAGUUCGCCCGGAAGUGCGAGGACGUCGAGAUUCUGAAGAACAAGAUCAAUCAGAAACUGAACGCAAGCGACCGCGAACUGUCCCCAAACGUCAGUUACGUCGACGAUAUGGACGUGAGCCUUGUCGAAGAGAGGAUCCACACCUUGAACGACGAGCUUCAGACGUUGAAGACAGACCAUGGUAAGUUGACUGGCCUAUACGAGGACAAGUGCAACGAGCUUCAACAAUUGCACAGUGAACUGAGUAUUGACGAAGAGUUGACCUCCAACUUUAUACCGAAGAAACGUUCUGAGAAGAACAGCUGCAGAGUGGCUCAGAUUCAGACUCACAUCGACCAACUGAUGGCUGACAUAAAUGACAUGAGGAAGAACAGUAUGCACUUUGCUGCUACACUGAACCAGGUCAGAGGUGAGAAGGCGAGCUUGUUGAACAAGAUCGAUGGCUUGAGAACCAGCAACGAGGAGCUGAAACAGAAGCUGUUCAUGUACGAGAACAUCGCAACAGGGAACGUACAGGUUCUGGAGAGCGAGCUGACCAACAUGAGCAAGGAAGUCGAGCAGUUCUUCGCUCGGGAGAGGAUGCUUGAGAGUCAGAGAUUGACUUUGGAGAUGGAGCUCGAGGAGUUGAAGGUUGACCGGGACAAUAAGUGCGCGUUGAUCGAAACCUUGAAGAACGACUUGCUGACUGCAAACAUCAAUGACAACAAGUACAAGGAAGAGCUGAAGUUAUUGAAAAAGCAGCGCGAAGAGUUGGAGCAGCGACAAAACAAUCUGUGUGAAGAGCUUCAAGAGAAAGGCGUUCACGUGGAACAGCUCUACCGUCAGAGCGAGCAAGAGAAGCUGGCCUUGAUGGAGACGCUGCGAACGGUUGAGGGCGAGCUGCACAACCUAACGAACAACUUAGAAACGAGAUACAAGAGCGAGUUCGACUCGAUGUCCAUGCAGUACCAGCACCGAAUCGAAGAAUUCGAGAACAAUCUUCGAUUGUUGAAUGGUACGUUGAACAAAUACGUCGAUGAAAAUCUAAACUUGAAGCAGGAGCUGGACAAGCUUAAAAGCAUCGAGGAGAGUAGUUCUUGCAAGGAAAAGACUCUCAUUGCCGACAUCGAGAGGCUGAACGAGGAAUUGAACGACAUCAGGCUGUGCAUGAUGAAGGAGUUGAGAUCUCUCAAGUGUAGCAUCAACUCUGCGGAGAUCUCCAAACAAUCCGUGAACGAGAUCUUCCUGAUCCUGGUGCAGACUCUGGUCUCGAAGGAGCAGGAGAUGAUCAAGACAAUGCGGCAGACGUAUGAGGAGGAGAAACGGCAAUUGGAGGACAAGAUAAAGCAGAGCGCAGAUUCUGAGAAGCGCGCGACAACCUGGACGAAGGAACUGGAGGGCGAGAUCGAGAAGUUGCAGGCGGAGCUAACUGAACGGGAGCACAGCCAAAAAGGAUACGAGAACAAAAUCACUCAGUUGGACCAUCUGCUUAGCGAGUGUUACCGUGAGAACGAGGUUCUCAGAGAAAACAUGAAAACGCUCGAGGUAGACCUGCACAAUCUGCAGACAGAGUACGAGAAGUUGUACAAGACCGACAGCAAGCAAGAGGAAGCGAUCUUCGAGGCUCAGAAAAGGGAGAAAGAGGUAAAAGAAAUACUCAAGAGCAAAGAGCUGGAAUUUCAGUCGAAGCUCAAGGCUGAAACCGAGAUGUAUGAGAAGAAAAUCAACGAACUCUCUCGCACCCUGGACUGUUACAAGUUAAAGAACCUGGAGAUGAGCAGCGUCGUGGAGGGACUUGAGGUCAACGAGAAGAAGCUGAAGAACAUCAUCGAAACGAACACGGUCCAGAUCAAGAAGAACGAUCAGAAGAUCAAGACAAUAGAAGCGGAACUCGAACAGCUCACGGAGGCUUACAACGAAACGAGUCAACAGUUGGAGCAAAAGUCUCUGCACAUAGAAGACAUUUCGGCGAUAUUAAGGAGUAAAUGCGACUUGCUGACCGAGUAUAGGACUAAGUUUGAGGCUAUCUUGCCGGAGUGCAAGAUGUUGAAAGACCAUGUCAGCGAUCAGAAAGCAAUCAUAGAGCGAUACAGGCAGGAAGUCGAGGAGUUGAAGACGGAGAGGGAGGAGCAACUCAAAACGAUCAAGGAAAAACUCAAGGCGGAGGAGAUCAAGAACGCCGGGCUGAGCAAUCAGUUGAACAGCAGAAACGUCGCUAUGACAGAAGAACUGAAUGAGCUGAAAGAGAAGUACGAGGAACUCCAACUGGAGAAUGCUAAGUUGGAACAGAAGAUCAUCAGCAACAUCAGAGCAGAGGCGGAAAUAGAGGAGUUGAAGGAGAUGAACAAGAGACUGCAGAGUAGUUUGGAGGGCGCAAGCAACCGCGUGGCGGAGCUCCAAGAAGUCAGGAACCAGACUCUGACGCAGUUGAUUGAUAUCAAGGCCAUGUAUGAUACGCUGUUGCAGGAAAAUACCAAGAUCAAGGCGGCUCUAUCCUCAUACGAGACCAAGUACGACGCUUUAAAUACGUCAACGCAUGAAAGCAAAUUUAACGAGCUUCUGCUCGAAAAGAAUACCAUUGCUCUUGAGCUAGAGUACAAGAAGCUGCAGCUGACUCAACAGGAGAAGGAGAUCAACGAGUACGUCAGCCAGGUGCAAGAGCUUCGGGACAAGAACAAGGAACUGGACGAGGAGCUGGAGGAAUACGCGGUAAUCAUCCAGGAGCGAAGCGUCGAGAUCUCCGAGCUCGAAAGCAAGUUGCAUUCCCGUUUUACCGAGAACAAUCGAAUUGUAGAGCUAGAGGAAAAGCUGCACAGCUUGAACGAGGAGAACAGAAAGCUUCGUGACCAGGUCGACGCCUUGAAGAUGAGGCUGCAAAUGGACAUGGAGGAGAUGUCAAGCGAUGACGAUGUCAAGACGCGACAGAACAAAAACGUGCUUCGGAUGUUGAAGAGGGAGAAUCUUGACUUGCAAAGCAAGCUGAACAGCUCAAAGAAGCAAAUGGAAGCGAAACCAAGCAGCAGCGAAGCGAACAUUUCAGUACAGAACACAUCGAUAAUAGAUCAGUCCAAAGAUUCUAGCAAGAAGGUGCUUAAUGACUUGGAAGACGCACAGAUCCGGCUUACAAAACUUCACGAUGAAAAGUGCGAAAUUAUGAAAGCGUUAACGAACUCGAGGCGGCAAUGCGACAACCUGUCCAAGGAGAACCUCGAGAUGAAGAACAUACUGCAAUUAUACAAAAACAAACUAGAUCAACCACACUCGGAUGCGAGGGUGAACGAGAAACUAGGAGACUCGAUUUACGAUGAGAACAAGAUCGCUAGCGAACUAGAGAGUCGAACAUCCGAACUGAACCAAAUGGAAUGCGCCAACAAAAUACGAGAUUUGACGUCUAAAAACAAAAAUCUGGAUAUCGAGCUUAGAAAAUGUGCCUCGAUCAUCCACGAAAGGGACAUCGAGAUCUUGAAACUGAGAGAGAUAGUGAAGAUUUUAAGGGAAGAGCAUAAUAAGCUGAAAAGCGAGAUCGGAGAGUUUCAAAAUCGGUCCAGAAGCAACAAGAGCAUCAAAAACUGUAUCGAAGAGUUUGAUUAUCGAUUGUGGAACAAGACCAGCACAGAUAACGAAAGCGUGAAGAAGCAAUUGCAAAAUAACAUCGCCGAAGAGAACGACAAAUCAAAGGAGCUUAAGAAAAAGAUUCAUGACCUGGAGCUGCAACUGGUGUCGAAAAAUGGGCAACUGGCUGCGUUGGAAAUUCAAAUACAAUCCGAAAGUUUUCCAUAUCAGAGGAAGUGUAAGGAAUUGAAGGAGCAAUUGCUUGCCUUCCGCAAUAAGAACACAGAAUUGAGUUUGGAAAUUCAGAAGCUUCGAAAAGCUGUGAACGAUGUGAACUCAUGGGAAUGCGAUGUCUGCAGACGUUGGCGCGUAAACAGAAAAGAUCAGGGUUGCCAGACAAUACCGGUGAAGACAAUACGUUUCUGCAGUACUAACAGUGGUGUUGUAGAGAACUUCGAAUAUUUGUUUGUACAGGAUCACGUAAAAAUCGAGAAAAUUGAAAAAAUUGAGAAAGAGAAGAGAAUGUUGAAAGAGUUAUGCCGCUCUCGGAACCGUCAUAUCAAAGAAUUAGAAAUGGAGAUAAAUAGGUUGAAAGAAUUGAUAAAGAUGUGGACAAUGUCAUUAUUCAAUAAACCGAAGAGGAAUAUUCGUCGUCGACAUUUCAACGACGAUGACGAAGAUAAUGAAAACAGGAUGGAAGUGGAAGACGCGCAGCCAGUCAAAUCUAAGGCAAAGAAGAAGGAUAUGCCGAAGCAGACGCUCCUUAGUUUUGGAGAGGAGCUGGAAGAAGUUAAAGUGAAGAAAUCAUCAAGGAGCAAAAAAUUGAUGAAACAGCUAGAUCACGAGAGGAGAAAAAAGAAAGGUGAAGAGAAAAUGCAAGUGGACUCUGAGCAAGCAAACAUGUCCAUUAAACAGGAAAAAGAUUUAGAAAUAAAGACAGAUGAUCUAGUAGUAAAAAUAAAAAAUACAGGACCUUUAAUUUUAAAUGGACGAGCUGCAUUGGCAGCUGGAAAAGAUGAUUACAUGUCUGAUGAAGAAGAUGACGAAUCACAUAAAUUUAGAAGAAAUACAGAUAAAGCUGAUACAAUGAAAAUUCUUCUGGAAAGUGGAUGUAUACCUGAUGCAGCAAUGAUUCAUGCAGCUAGGAAGUGUCGACAAAAGGCAAGAGAGUUGGGAGCUGAUUACAUUCCUAUAGAAGAGCAAAGUGAUGAUAAAGGGAAAUCGAGACUUAUUAGAGAAGAAGAUCAUGACAGAAGUGACGAUGAUGAUUCUCAAGAUCGAAUUGAUAUGACUGUUAAUACUGAAGCUCGUGAUAAAGAAAAAAGAAGAGAAGCAUUUCUUGCAUCACAAGUACCAAUAAAACUUUCAGACGACGAAAGCGAACACGAAAAUGAAGAAGAAGAAUGGGAAGCUCAGCAAAUAAGGAAAGGUGUGACAGGUGCACAGAUUGCAGCAGUUCAACAGGAUUCUAUGAUGCAGCAGCAAUUCACACUAGGUAUGAAUGUAAAUCAAAUAAUUGGAAGUGGGGUACCUUUAGAAAUGGUAAUGAUGCCAGCUCCACCACCCCCGCCAACAAUACAACCACCAGAUCCAACAAAAAUAGUACCAGUUACUCCUCAGGAAGUUGUCAAUAAGAUACGUGCAAGAUUGGACAGUCUAAAAGAAGUACACCGACGUCAUCAAUUAGAUCAGGAUCGUUUAGAGCAAGAAUUAGGACAAACUAUGAAAGAACUGGACGAUGGCGAAAUUCGCGCACCGCAGCUUGCACAGCGCUUCAGAUAUUACCAAGAGUUGCGUGGGUAUGUCACUGACUUGGUAGAGUGUCUUGAUGAGAAGCUGCCUCUGGUUGUUGGAUUGGAGCAACGUUGGUUAGAUCUUUAUAGCGAGCGUGCGACUGAACUAAUGGAGAGAAGACGGCAGGAUACAAGAGAUCAAGCAGAAGAAAUUACAACAGCUGCAAGAGGUCAGCCUAUACGAAGGGGGCCAGAAGUUGAAGCUCGUAUUCGUCGAGCAACGGAAAGAGAAGGCAGAAGAGCUCGUCGAAGAAGAGCUAGAGAACUAGCUCCUACAUUACCAAAACAUAUUGACGGAAUGUCUAGUGACGAUGAAGUCACAGAACAGCAAAAUCUUGCUUUUAAACAAACAAAAGAUGAAAUUGAUAAUGAAAGCAAAGAAAUUUUCUUUGAUGUAAUGGAUGAGUACUGCACCUUAAGGGGAAUAUUAUCGAAGCUGGAAUCUUGGAGAGAAACAGACAGAGAUGCUUAUAUGGAGGCGUAUGUUUCCUUAUGUAUACCGAAAAUCAUAUCCCCUAUCAUUAGAUUGCAACUGCUCACAUGGAAUCCAAUUAUGGAGAGCGCUGAUAUAGAAAGAACAAAAUGGUAUAACACACUCUUGUUAUAUGCAUUAGAUAAUAAAGAAACUGAAGAAUCGCUCAAAAGGGAUCCAGAUAUUAGAUUAGUACCAUCUACGGUGGAAAAAAUUGUCUUACCUAGAUUAACAUCUAUAGUCGAAAAAAUAUGGGAUCCAAUGUCAACAUCACAAACAUUAAGACUCGUAGGCACAGUGAAUCGUCUUAUUAGAGACUAUCCUAAUUUAAACGAUACAAGUAAACAAUUAGAGACACUAUUCAAUGCCAUAUUAGAAAAAAUAAAAGCCGCAGUUGAGAACGAUGUUUUCAUACCAAUUUUUCCGAAACAAGUUUUGGAUACUAAACAUCAAUUUUUUCAAAGGCAAUUUUCAAUGGCUGUCAAACUUUUGAGAAAUUUAUUAAGUUGGCAGGGUCUUCUUGGCGAUACACAAUUAAAAAAUUUGGCACUUGGUUCAUUGUUAAAUAGAUAUCUUUUAGCCGGUUUGAGAGUUUCUGUUCCAACUGAUGCUUUAUUUAAGGCAAACAUGGUAAUGAGUACAUUGCCCCGUGCAUGGUUGCAAGGUGAAACAAUAGAACAUUUGAGAAUGUUUGCUACACUUAUUCAACAGCUUAGCGAACAAUUGGAUCAAGCGAAUCCAGCGCAUAAUGAAGCCUGGGAAUACUCGAAGUCCAUCCUGAAAAUAAUCAAGCCUUUGUAAUGUAUUAAUCAUGUACGCAUUUCUUGAUAAAUUUAUGAUACCUUUAUUUUACGAUAUUCAUCAAUACGCCUACCUAUAGUUUUGUAUGCACCUGAAAAGAUCUUGUACAUGGCGAAUUGUAGUACAAUUAAUUGUGUAAUAUAUAAAAAUGUAAUUUUGUAUAGAAAUAAAUUAAGUAAGAUUCUGAUAAUAGUAUACUUUCCAACAACUGUAAAUAAAAAAGAAAAGUAUAUGAAAAUAAACAUGUAAAUAUUAGACUGUUCAGCGUUUCUAUUUAUAUCUAGAAAAAAUAAAUUUAAUAAUUUUGUAAUGAA